CGGCUCCGUUUCCGAGAGGCUCCUCUUCGUUCACAUCAACCAUCCCAGCCUCCUUCAUAUCUUGAAGACAUGGCGCCUUUGAGCCUCCGCAUCGACGGCCGUACCUUUCGGGACAGCGACAACCGUGAGGUCACACUGCACGGCAUCAACUGCGCUGCCGAUGCCAAAUUCCCCGCCUCUCCCGAUCAGCCCUCCCAUGUGGCCGACAAAUUCUUUGAAGGCGAUUCCGUAUCGUUUGUCAACAGACCUUUCGCCGUCCAAGAUGCUCCCUCGCAUUUCGCGCGCCUGCGGAGCUGGGGAUACAACACCAUACGAUAUGUUUUCACGUGGGAAGCGGUCGAACACGAGGGCCCGGGGAAAUACGAUGAGGAAUGGAUACAGUAUACUAUCCAGAUAUUGAGGGUGGCAAAGGAGUUUGGUUUUUACAUUUUUAUGGAUCCGCAUCAGGAUGUUUGGUCCCGCUUCACUGGUGGCUCUGGUGCUCCCAUGUGGACAAUAUACGCAUGUGGGCUGGAUCCCACCAAAUUCGCUGUCAAUGAGGCUGCUCUUGUCCAGAAUACCUACCCGGAACCCGCCAACUUCCCCAAGAUGAUCUGGGCUACCAACUACUCCAGACUAGCCUGCCAAGUCAUCUUCACCGUAUUCUUUGCAGGCAAGGAAUUCGCCCCCAAGGCCAUCAUCGACGGGAAAAACAUACAAGAUUACCUGCAAGACCAUUACAUCGGAGCCGUCACACAUCUGGCCAAGCGCAUCAAGGAGGCUGGUGACCUCUGGGGGGACCCCGUGGUCGGAUUCGAGAGCGUCAACGAACCGAAUCGUGGUAUUAUUGGCUAUCAAGAUAUCACCGCCGUUCCUAGCGAGCAGAAGCUGCAACUGGGAACUUCUCCGACUGCCUGGCAAGCCAUCCUGACCGGGUCGGGGAGAGCUUGUGAAGUCGAUACAUGGGAUUUUGGAGGCUUGGGACCAUUCAAAUCGGGCUCGACUCUGGUGGAUCCUCAAGGCACUGCAGCUUGGCUCCCCAAGAGCUAUCCCGAUACAAAGUAUGGCUGGAAGCGCGACCCUGGAUGGCGAUUAGGAGAAUGCUUGUGGGCGCAACAUGGUGUUUGGGAUCCCGAAACUGACACUCUUCUCAAGAAGGACUACUUUGGCAAGCGCCCGACAGAUGGAACUACGAUUGACUACGAUUACUUCACGAAUCACUGGUAUAUGGACCACUACCGUGCAUACACCAAAUCCAUAAAGUCCGUUUUCCCGGACUCUCUGAUGUUUUGCCAGCCCCCCGUGUUUGAGAUCCCCCCCUCGAUCAAGGGCACCGAGGACGAUGAUCCCAACUUGAUUUACUGCCCGCAUUUCUACGAUGGCAUCACUCUAAUGUCUAAGAAAUGGAACCGGGUAUGGAACGUUGAUGUGUUUGGGAUUCUCAGAGGGAAAUAUCUCACACCAGCCUUUGCGAUCAAGAUCGGAGAAAAUGCUAUUCGCAAUUGUUUUGCCCAUCAGCUUGCUGCCAUCCGGCAAGAGGGGCUAGAUUACAUGGGUAACCAUCCCUGCCUGUUUUCCGAAAUCGGGAUUCCGUACGACAUGGACGAUAAAUAUGCAUACAAGACUGGCAAUUACAGCAGUCAGAUUGCAGCUCUCGAUGCCAAUCAUUUCGCGCUGGAAGAGAGCAAAGUCAAUGGAUACACUUUGUGGACCUACGUCGCCACUAACAAUCAUUACUGGGGUGAUCAAUGGAACGGCGAGGAUCUCUCCAUCUUCUCUCUGGACGACAAAGCAGUACCGCCAGGCGCUUUCACAGAAACAGAAUCCCGUGCUUCGCUAGACACCAGUUCGCCUUCAUAUUCCAGGGCGCAAUCCUCUUCAGAAACGCUGGGGGUGACACCUGGAAACCUCCGGAAAACGCUUUCAGCAGACCAGAUGAGCUCAAAGUCUGGCAGUGGGGAUGUGCGGGGCUUGCGUGCAGCAGAGGCAUUCAUCCGGCCCACGCCAGUCGCCACGCACGGCGAUGUGAAGAGAUUCGGAUUCGAUCUUAAGAGCUCCACGUUUACCUUCUCACUCACAGCGUCAAGUGCUACUGCAGAGAGUACACCAACCAUUGUCUAUCUUCCCGAGUUCCAUUUUCCGUCUGGGCAAACGACAGUGGAGGUCAGCGGCGGCAAAUGGAGCAUCAGCUCGGAGGAGACAAACGGAGCAGUGCGACAGAUAUUACAGUGGUGGCACGCGGAAGGCGACCAGACGAUGACGGUGAAGGGAGUGGUGCGCAAACAGGGCGGGGCGCUGGGAACCGAAGAAGACGAAGGGUAUCUGCAGCAGUGCCAAAAGGCAGCGUGCGCUGUCAUGUAG